CUUUUUACCAUGCAAUAUUCUGUACCUUGGAAAUAUGACGAUCAUGCGACUAGGAAGUAUCAAUUUUGGAUUAUGAGAGAUGGAUUGUGGACAAGAGAUGAGAUGGUUUUUCAUAUUCCUGGCAUGGAGAGGCCGAUAUGGUUCUCACAGGACGGUAUGCUGUUGUAUUUUGAAAGCCUUCGUCAUGAGCUAGUGUUGUUUGAUUGUGCCACCGGAAAGUUGAAGUAUCUCAGUGUCAAUAGCCCUAUGAGAUGUCCAAAGAUGGUUGAGAUCUUUGGAGUUUCAUGUCUUGAGGAGGAUCAGGUGAAACAAGAAGAUGAUGAAGACAAUACUUUGUCUAAAAUCAGCCUUAUCCUCGACCUCGACGCUUUGUCUUUAGAGUCGGAAGCUAUGAUGAAUUAUUAUAUGGUGGAAGCUAUGUUGAAUGAUACGGUGGAAGCUGGGAUGGUUGAUACGGCGGAAGCAGAAGUUAUAAUGGAUAAUACGAGAAUCGAAGGUGCACCGCCUUUGAGGAGGAACAAUGGAAAUCAAUUGGAUAGAAAUCGCUGGAUUGGUUACUCUUAUGAACCUGAUCCUCACAUAUCUGAGACAAAAUGUACAUCAACCUUACAACUAGACAUCUGCCCUGCCCCUAAGCCUAAGCCUGACAUUUUUGUCAAUUAUUGUGAUUCUUAUCCUAAUGAUUAUUUUGUUGCAUAUUCCCUUGAAGAGGAUGGCACCCUCUCACCCAAUUUACCCUCACCUUUACCCUCACCUAAUGACCCUCACCUUUACCCUAACUAUUAUUAUCUUAUGGAGUAUAAAGGGUUGUUAGGUGCUCUUGCAUGCUUCAAUGAUAAAGAUGAUCGAAUCCGAGAUGUACCUUUGAAAUAUGAACUUUGGAUUAUGAGCGACGGAUCGUGGACUAGAGAAUCUGUUUUCCAUACUCAUGGUGUGAAGAUGCCGUUAUGGUUUUCACAUGAUGGUAAGCUAUUAUAUUUAGCAAGCUCGACAAAUGAGAUAGUGAUGUUUGAUCGUACCACAGGAGAGUUGAAGCAUCUUGGUAUCGAUUGGUCUUAG